AUGAUGGACUACGAGCACCUCUCCCCCGGCGGCUCACACUCCCCGUCCGGCACGGACCCUAGCCCGGCAGCCAACAGUGCCACCACCACCAAUACUCAACGGCCCGCCAGAGCCUGCGAGUAUUGCCGUCUGCACAAGGUCCGCUGCGACAUUGACCCCAACGACCCGUCGCGUCCAUGUGGCCGCUGUCUCAAGGCCAGCAGGGAGUGUGUGAGCAACUCGUACUCGCGAAAGCGGAGGAAGACUACAGAUUCGCGGGUACUUGAGUUGGAGAGGAAGGUCGAAAAGCUGACGGAACGCCUCGACGCAGUGGAGAAGGGGACAGGAAUUGGUGGGCCGGGAAAUACCUCUUCUGAUGACGCUCCUCCUGCCCUGGUCGUGCACCCUCCGGGGCCACUACCCCACGCUCCUGCCGUUGACCCCGUCAAGUAUCUAAAGAGGGAUGUGAUAGAUCGCGGCAUCAUUAGCAUCGAGCUCGCAGACCGUAUCUACUCCCACUACAUCAACACCAUAUCGCCAGUCUUUCCCGGCGUUGUCUUUCCCUCCGCCACAUCCGACGAUACCCGCCGCCAAAAGCCCACGGUGUUUCUCGCCAUUCUCGCCGCCUCCUCCGCAACAUUCGGUGCUAACCUACAGAGCACACUCCAGCACGAGCUACUCAACAGCUACUGCGAGCAGAUCAUCCGCCGCGGCGUAAAGUCGUUGGAGCUUGUGCAGGCCCUCACUAUAUCGAUAUUGUGGGCGCCACCUCCCCAGGAUUCGGCCGCACAAGAAGAGCAGCAGUUGAAUGAGCAGUUCCCAGUCAGUGCGGGCUGGAGGUUUAUGAUCUGGGGGGCUAAUAGUGACACGGCGCUGCCCGAGUCUAGGAGGGCGCUUUUAUCUUGUUACUUUCUGUGCUCAAAUAGCUCCCGCCUUCUACGCCGCCCCUGCCUAUUGCCAUUCUCACGGUACAUGGGCGAGUGCAUCGAAUUCUUUGAGACAGCCUCUAUCACCACCCCCGGCAUCGUACCAACCGACAGGAACUUCACCCGCUGGAUUCAGAUCUCGCACAUAGCAGAUCAGUACUGCGCUGCCAUGGACGCAACUGACAUCACCUCCGUCCACCGCCACACAAUCCUCACCGACUAUCUAGGCCGCCUCAACACCUGGCACCACCAGACCGUCUCCGCAGCCCUCAUGACCCCCGCACUAUCUCUAUAUCAUCAAUGCACUGUUAGGAACCUCUACGACCGCCUCCUACACGCCGAACAUAUCGCCGAAGAAGUCCGUCCAUUCAUCUUCUCCGAAAUCAUUCCGGCACCCGCCAACCCGCCGCCGCCAGCACCUCCGCAUGCUGUCGCGUGUCUGACGGCCGUGCAUGCGUGUCUAGACACUUUCCUGUCGUUCCCGCCGGCGUUUGCGGGGAGGCUUCCAGCCCUAUUUUACAUUGAGAUGGGGUAUUCGGUGGGGCUACUUAUAAAGAUGAUCUUCAGGGGCGGUACAGGCAAUAUAGGCUUUGGAAGGUAUGUGGACCGGUGUGUGGUGUUUCUUGGGGAUGUGAUCAAGGGCGACCAGUCUCAUGCAGCGGGGAGGUUGAAAGGUGUUGUGAUGGGCUUGAAGGGGUGGGUAGAUAGGGUGGGUAGAGGGGAGAAAGAGAGAGAGAAGGAGAGCGAGAGGGAGAGCGAGAGCGAGAGGGAAAGAGAGAGGGAAAGAGAGAUGGCCCCUACUGCUGCUGCUACUAUUACACAGGCGGAGGCUGUGGGGUAUGGGGCAGGGGCGGGUGCGGGUGCGGGUGCGGGUGCGGGUGCGGGUGCGGGUGCGGGUGCGGGUCUGGGUCCGGGGGCAGAGUUGAUGGAAGGGUGGGGCGGGAUGGGAAUUGAUCUGGCGGAUCCGAUGAUGUGGGAAGGGUUCCCACUGACGGAAUUCUUGCAGAUGGAUUCGGUGGCGGGGGAUUAUGGGGCUUUGCCGUGGAGUUAG